CCUCCCCCCGGGACCCAGCUCGGGGCCAACCCCCAUCCCCCUCCGUCCCCUCCUCUCUCAUGUGCCCGCCCCUUCCCCCCUUAUCGGUGCGGCGCAUCUGUGCCGGGCUGAACGUUGCCCCUCAGCAUCCGACACUUGCUCCCUUAUCACUAUCAGAGGAGGCUUACUUGCGUUACGGCUAUCACUCCCACGUCUUGCGCCAGCCGCAUCUAUCUACAGACCAACACUGUAGAAUCACCGAUAUUCUCAUACGACAGAUAACAUUGUUUCCCCAGGCACGAUGCAGCAACAAACACCUCCCGAAUUUAUUCUAGACGCCUUCGCCGAUCCGGCCUCCGUACGGGAUGUCGUCAAAGGAAUUCUUCACACAAUCUUCUUCCAUCGCUUCUUUCCCGCCGUUAUUCCCUACACCCGCGAGGUCCUCGAUCUGACCCUGCCCUAUGUCGACGACGUCGAGCUCGAGACCAUGAUAGAACAGCGCGCCACCGCCCUCGUGCGCCAGCUUGACGCUGAGCGCUCUUCGUCCUCGACCUCGACAGGCUCCGGCGGCGGCGGAGGGCGCGGGCAGCUUAACGUCCAGUUCUUCGAGAAGAAGCGCCGCAAGGCCUGGCUCAUGCGCGGCGAUGAGGAGGUCUGUUGGGAAUGCUGGACAGUCAAGGUGACUGUCGCCGAGCCUAGGACCGAGACAGAACGCGCAAAAGUCCGGAAGGCCAUGGAACAAACACUCAUGACGACCGUCAUGAAGGUCAUCACUUUCGUCAACGCCCACAAGGACCACAUCCCUCCGAUAACGACGCAGGGGUCGAAUCCUUUCCCCUACCAAAUCAACAUCAACCAGAAGGAGUCUGGAUGGGCCACGAGGAUGGGCAUAUACUGACAGAAAGCAUGAUGCUGGCCCGCCCGGUCUUUGAGAGAUCCGACGGUUAUGAUGUCGGCAGUGACUCUCGAGGAGGCAGUGAUUAUCAAACGCAGUUUUCUUCUACUCGUGACAACACACAAAGCAAAGCAAAACAAAACAAAACAAAACAAAACACACAUACGAUUGGGCAAAGAUAUGUGUAGUAAAGGGCAAAACAUUUUGGCGUUUUUCUGGACAAGGCGACAGAUUCAUACGAAGGCAUAGAUGACUUUAGGUAUUGAGGAUUUAGAGAGCAUGUCAAUAUGAUACCCGUUUCCAAC